AUGGUCAGUGCUAUUACGUCAAUGUUACAUCAUCCUUUUGAUGCUAGAUCUAUACCAGUUCAACCAGCUGCAUAUACAGAAAAUGAUCCUACGGUUGAAUUCUUUUAUCGUCCAAGAACUUUAUCAGUACUGUCAGCAAUUGGAGCCAUGGCGGGAGUUGGAUUUUUUUUGCUUUUUGCAAUGCUACAAUUUAGAGAUGGGCCAUUCAUUAGACCACAUCCAGUAAUAUGGAGAAUUGUAUUGGGUUUAGGAGUUUUAUAUCAAAUGUUUUUAGUGUUUCUUCUAUUCCAAAAUAAACGUGACGCGAGAUACAUUUUUGCAACAAUAGAUCCAUCUUUAGGCAGACCACUUCCUGAACGUUCAUAUGCUGACAACUGUGAAUUAACAAUUGAAAAUAUCAAAGAUCAGAUGGAUAUUUUCGUUGUUUAUCAUGCAUCUGGAUGGUUUGCCAAGGCAUUGGUGCUUCGUGAUUAUUGGUUUUGUUGGAUAUUGUCCGUUAUGUUUGAGGUGAUGGAAUAUUCGUUACAACAUCAAUUAAAUAAUUUUGCAGAAUGUUGGUGGGAUCAUUGGAUUUUGGAUGUUAUAAUAUGCAAUUGGGCUGGUUUAUAUCUUGGAAUGAAAACAUGUGAAUAUUUUGAGAUGAAGGGUUAUUCGUGGAGAGGUAUUAAACAAAUUCCGUCAUUAAAAGGGAAAAUGAAACGUACAGUCCAACAGUUCACACCGCAUCAUUGGACAAAAUUCGAAUGGGGAACAACAAAAAAACAUCCAUUAAAUGCAUAUAGAUUUAUAUUACUUUUUUUUUGUGCAAUUCCUGGUACAAGAGAAGCUUAUCAAUAUUUAACAGACAAAGAUUGUAAAAGACUUGGUCCACAAGCAUGGUUGACUAUAGCAAAUAUAAUGACAGAAUCAGUCAUAUGUUUUAAAUUUGGUAGAGGCGAAUUCCCAAAUCCAGCUCCAACGAGUGUAAUAAUAUUUUGGACAAUUUUAAUAAGUUCAUUAGUGAUUUAUGCAAUUUGGCAAUUUGGUAUACCAUAUUGGAAAAAGAAAGAGACUAAAACACAAAAGAUUAAACAAAAAUAG